GCGCUGCCCGGACUCUCCGGCUCUCAGAAUCCGCAGAAUGAGCGCCGGCGCCGGGGACAUGGAGCUGAACGGGCUGCGGGAGGUCGGCCUCCUGAACGAGGAGAGCCCAACAGAGAGGAGACACCGGAACCUGAACAUCAAUCACUACGCGAACAAGAAGAGCGCCGCCGAGAGCAUGCUGGACGUCGCCCUGCUGAUGGCCAACGCGUCGCAGCUGAAAGCCGUCAUCGAGCAAGGGCCCGGCUUCGACUUCUACGUCCCCCUCAUCGUCCUGAUCAGCCUCUCCCUCGCGCUGCAGGUCGUGGUCGGCGUUCUGCUCAUUUUUAUCGUGAAAUAUGAUCUGAAUAACCCGGCCAAACACGCCAAACUGGACGACCUCAACAACGCGGCCACCGGCUUGGUCUUCAUCAUCGUCGUGGUGAAUAUUUUUAUUACGGCGUUCGGGGUCCAGAAGCCGGCAGACGGAUCCACGAAGUCCUAA